AUGAAGAUGGAGUUACCGAUAGAGAUUAUUAAUGAGAUCAUAUCACAAAGUGGUGGUAGUUGUGAAACUUUAAAUUCAUGGUUUCAAUUAUCGACAUAUUUCCAAGAGUAUGUCAAAAGAGAGACAUGUAUUGUUUUAAUUCAAGAUGGUCCUGAAAAGGUUGCGAACUGUGAUAUUCCCAAGGGUUUCCAUCCUAUUUUGGAUAAUCUUGCACAUUAUUAUCUGGUGACAGAUAAUAUUGAUGGUGAUGAAUUGUCAUUGUUUUUGGAAGACUAUAAGAAUAUAAUAAUUAUAAUUCAUACUACAAGAAAUUAUAGUGAUCCUUUGAAUUCAGCUCUGGGUUUUAUUGUGCGAAUAUGUUAUCAAGGAGCAAAGUUAUCUGUGAUUUAUAACACGUCAGUUAAUUAUUUAAGUCGACUCUACUUCCGAGAGUUCAUUCACUCCAGGAAAAGAGUAAGGCUCUGUGAACUUUAUAUAAUCGGAAAUUCUUUGAUAGGAGAGGAGUCUAUGUGUGAUAUAUGUAUGUUAUUUGAAAGGACAUAUUUACAAAAUAUUGACACUAUUUUUUCUCUUGAAAUCCAAGAUGAGGAUCAUGAAAUAUUUGCUACGAGUUUAGCAACCAUUAAAGAGUUGAAUUCAAUUUCAUCAAAGAAGGAUCUUUCUCAAAUUUUAAUCAAUUGUCCAUCGUUGCUUUCGAUAGAUUCCUGCAACUUCCCUUGUAGAUUUGCUGGAGAAAGUUAUAAGCUAGCAAAAUGUGAAAAUAUUACUUUAGAGUUCUUCAAUAAUGAUGUUAGAUACCCCGUUAUUGAUGGAACAGAAGUGACAAAUUCGUUAACUCUAGAACCUUCUCUAAGAUCGAAUAAUGUGGAAUUUAAAAAUCUUGAAUUUCCAAAUGUCAAAUCUUUGACUCUCAGAUUAAAAGAUUCGAUGAGUCGCUCAGUUCGACUUAUUGAUUGUAAUUUUAAAAAAGUCGAAAUAUUGAACAUUGGAUCAAGUAUAAUCUCAUGGGAUGAUAUUAUAAAUUCCUUUAUGGAUCUUAACAGUUUAUCAAUCAAUAUUAUAAAUAAUGAGCAGUAUCUAUGGUUACAAAAAUGUCCAUUUAAGUUGAAGUUUGUUAAUAUAACAUCUCAGGAAAAAGAAUUUGCAUACUAUCCAUUGCCUGUUUAUAAUAACCAAUUAAGAUUGAGUUUUGAAACAAUUUCAUUUGAUUUAAUAAAUCCAUGGAGAUGCUACUUAUUCAAUAAAAUCAGCCUAGAUAAUAUCAAAGUCAUUGACACUGCAAUUGUAAAUAUAUCAAAUGAAUUGGUAAAUAGAACUUUAAGUAAGAAUGAUAAAGUUCUGAAGAAAUAUGGUCUGGUUGAUGAUCAAAGUCAAAUAGUUUUGACGCUGUCUACUAUAAAAUGUUUGAAAGUAUUCAAGAAAAAUUCCGGAGACAUAAGAAGGAUCUAUGCGGGUCAUGGUCAUGUUAAUACUUUAAAUACCAAAACGUUAAAUAACCCAAAUGCUUCCCAAUUUCGUGUAUUGAUUGCUAGAGAUACGUUGGUCGCACCUUAUACUAUGUUAAUUGAUCAGGAACUAAGUGAAAAUACCAAUAUAAAAAGUGACCUUGCAUCUGAACUUUUCUUUGGAAACCAAUGUCAUGGAAGAACUUCAUCGUCAGUAACUCCUAAGGAAGAUGUAAAAACAAAUAUUAUUAUUAGAGGACAUACACCAGAAAACAUUGUUAUGAACGAUGAAACUUUCUGCUGUUCCAAUAUUAUUUGGAAUCUUGAUCACAGUCGACAAGUGCAAGCCCUACAAGUUUUGGUUGAUCCAAUACCAUUCCUGCCAGGUAUUGACAACACUGAGAAUAAGAUAAAACUUUUGGUGGAAUUGUGUCAAAAUAUUCUGGAUAAGAAAAAUUCCACUAUAUUUGCUGACUUCAAUUACUUAAAGUUUCAAAUUGUUAUUGAUUUUGCUUUCAGCGGUACAGCAAUUUUACCUGACUUUAAAAAUAUCUUGGUUUCUACAUUAGAAAGAGAAUUAUUAGCUACUAAUCAAAAUUUAGCUGUUCUAAUUAAUUGCCAGAACAACUUCCAAUUAAAUUCUGUUUUAUUAUUAUUUUGA